AUGGCGGCCACGGCGACGACCAACGAUGAUGGGACGGCCAAGAUAACGCUCUACUGGCUCAACAACUCGCGGGCACAGAGCAUCAUCUGGCUCCUCGAGGAGCUCAAGACGACGUACGAGCUCGAGAUUUUCCACCGCAACAAGCAGUCGAUGCUCGCGCCGCCCAGUCUCGACAAGAUACAUCCGCUCGGCAAGUCGCCCGUCGUCGGCAUCGCCGCCCCCGGCCGCGAACCGAUCCUCCUCGCCGAGAGCGGCCACAUAACGCAGUACCUGUGCGAGCACCUGCCCGAGGGCAAAUGGCUCACGCCGCCGCGUUGGAGGGACGGUCAGGAGGGCCGGCUGUGCGGCGAGACGGAGGCCUGGCUGCGCUUUCAGUACCUGCUGCACUACGUCGAGGGAAGCCUGAUGCCCAACCUCGUCAUGGCCCUCGUCCUCUCCCGCCUCAAAUCCCCCCAGGUCCCCUUCUUCAUGCGGCCCAUCACCGGCGCGGCGGCCAACCGCAUCUACUCGCUCUUCGUCUUCCCCAACGCCCAAAAGCACCUCGCACUCCUCGACGACUACCUCGCCUCCUCCGGCGGCAAGUACAUCUGCGGCAACUCGCUGACGGCCGCCGACAUUCUCCUGAGCUUCCCGCUCAUCGUCGCCAAGGACCGCUGGGACGGCAUGGGUCGAUGGGAAGGGGGCAGCUGGGCCAAGGCGCACCCGCGCGUCGCCGCCUACGUGACGUUGCUGGAGACGGAGCCCGGCUACAAGGCAAGCCUCGACAAGGUGGCGAAGAUGGACAGCACCGCUUCCGCUUCUCUCUAG